GAGGCUUUGCAUGAUCCAGCCACGAUUGUGGCAGCGUCACAACUUGUCAGUGGUCAAAAGGCCACCACUGAUGUGGCCUUUUGAGAGGGGGAGGGUACAUCCAAAUGACAAACAAAGACCACGAACACGCGUUGGACCUGAUGAUAGUCAUGAUGGAGCCAGCUGAUGAAUCCCAUAAUAAGAAGGAAAGUCCCUAGGAGCAACAGCAGCAUCUUUCAAUUGAACCACAUGCAUCCUCUUUGUUUGCUUCCUCUGAUGGCGAGGUGGGUGUAGGGGGAUGGGGGCCUGUGGUCAGGGAUAAAGUCAUUAAUGGGGUGGCCCCGUCCCCAAAAUGUCAUCAUCACCCCCACCCCACACACACAACUAGCUGGGGAAGCUAUGAGGAGCUAUGAGGAAGUGAAAGUGCAUGUUGACAUUGAUCCAACAUCAGAAGUUUGCAUCCCAUGACUAACUUCAAAGUCCUAUUCUGAGGCAGGUCACAUGACUUUUUCAAGCAUAAAUAGUGCAGCAAACGCUUGAGGAGCACACACACCAUGAAGAUCUGCACCUUGCUCACAUUCGGCAGCCUGCUCGCCCUCGUUUACGGCAUGCCACCCCUGAGCCGUGACUACAACACACACUGCCACUGCCUGCAGUUCGAGACCAGGGUCAUACCACCGGACAGCCUGCGGAGCAUCAGGCUGGUGUCUGAAGGGCCACACUGCACCAACGCGGAGGUCAUAGCCAUCCUGGCGAAUGGCCAGCGGAUCUGUCUGGACCCUCAGUCCUUGUGGGUCAAGAAGUUGGUCCACUUUGUUCUGGAGAAGCAACGACAUCAGAGGGGGGAUGUGCAACGCCCCCAGGUUCCUGUUUGAUGGGACAACAAGACAAGCUCCUGUCUCAAAAUAAUAAGACACUAUAUUUUCUUCUAAGUGAACAUAUCAGCAGCCUCCAUCCAUCCAUCCAUAGCAGUCUGUGUGUAAUAAUGUGAAUAGCUAAAAAAAAAAUCAUUAAAAGU